CAACGACGCCGGUUCAUAUGCUUACGUAAGGUAGUUAUCCUGCUGGCAACGACACCCCUCUCUUUCUAAAUUUCAAUGCAGUAAAACCUUCAAAUUGCCGGGAAAGCCAACGGCUUCCUUAAACCCUAGCGCCUCCCUCCGCCGCCAUUCCAUCAAUAAAGCUUCGAUUUUGAUCCAACCUCGAACCAAUCUCUGGUCUCUAUCAUUUCUCUCAGCUUUCCAAUUUUCCCCGGAACCAAAAAGGGCUCUUGCCCUUUUCAUGCUUAAACCCUAAUCCCGAAUCCCAUGCUCCAUCACAUCCACAAAUGGAAGCCCUUACAUUUUCUACAAAAAUUUCAGAUUCUCGCUCCCCUCUCCUCCCUCAUCUUCACUAAACCUUCGGCGUCCGCUGCAAAGCUCGAAGACGAGCUCGCCGCCGCCGCCGCCAUCCCAAAUCCUAGAAACACCGUCUCCGAAGUCAUUACCGGCUUGGGAAUCUUUGGUUUGAGAAAAUUCUUGGGUAAUUGUUAUUUUAGAACCAUGGUCUCAAAGUUGAAUCAGCCGGAGGUGGAUUUGAUUAUUGAAAGUUUGAGUCUUGAGAGCUCGGAUUCAGCCUUUGGGUUCUUCAAGUUUUUGAGGAAUGAGUGUGGCUUUCGGCAUUCGAGGAUUUCGGAGUUUAUUGUUGUUCAUGUAUUGGCGACGAACUGGCAGUUUCAGGAGUUGCGUUCGGUUGUAAAACAAAUGGUGGAUGAGGAGGGCCCUGGUUCUGCACCUUCACUUUGUGAGCUGCUCUUGUAUAGAUUCAGGGACUGGGACUCAAGUAGUGUGGUGUGGGAUAUGUUGGCGUUUGCUUAUUCGAGAUCUGAAAUGGUUCAUGAUGCCCUGUCUGUUCUUGCUAAGAUGAAAGAUUUGAAUUUGAAGGUUUCGACAUCAACCUACAACUGCCUGUUGCAUAAUUUGAGGCAUACAGAUAUCAUGUGGAAUGUUUAUAAUGAAAUAAAAGAUAGUGGAACUCCAGAGAGUGACUACACUACGUCUAUACUUAUAGAUGGAUUAUGCCAGCAAUCCAGCGUGCAAGAUGCAGUUUCCUUCCUCAUGGAUGCUGAAAGGACGGAGACUGGGCCUUCAGUUGUUUCAUUCAAUACCAUCAUGUCUAGGUUCUGUAAAUUGGGUUUUGUGGAUGUUGCGAAGUCGUUUUUUUGUGUGAUGUUCAAGUAUGGAUUAGUUCCUGAUUCGUACAGUUAUAAUAUUCUGAUUCAUGGGCUAUGUGUAGCAGGUUCAUUGGAAGAAGCAUUGGAGUUCACUAAAGACAUGGAGAGGCAUGGGGUGCAGCCUGACACGGUAACUUACAACAUUCUCUGUAAGGGGUUUCAUCUACUUGGUUUGAUGAGUGGAGCUCGCAAGGUCAUUCAGAAGAUGUUGGUUAAAGGGUUGAAUCCGGAUCAUGUUACAUAUACAAUUAUGAUAUGUGGCCACUGCCAUGUUGGCAAUAUUGACGAAGCUCUUAAGUUGCAAAAAGAGAUGAUUUCAAGAGGUUUUCAGUUGAGUGUCAUUGUAUACAGUGUACUACUCAGCAGUAUGUGUAAAAGUGGACGAGUAGAAGAAGCAUUGAGAUUGCUGUAUGAGAUGGAAGCUGUUGGCUUGGAACCAGAUCUUAUAACAUAUUCUAUCCUCAUUCAUGGUCUAUGCAAGCAAGGAGACGUACAAAGGGCUAGUGAAAUAUAUAGAGAAAUGUAUAUGAAGAGAAUCAUUCCCAAUUACUUUGCACACCGUGCUAUUCUGUUAGGUCUGCGUGAGAAAGGGAUAUAUGAGGCAAGGAAGUAUUUUGAUCAUCUGACGACAAGGGCUGUGACAGAGGAUAUUGUGCUGUAUAAUAUUAUGAUGGAUGGGUACGUAAAACUAGGUAAUGUUGCAGAAGCGAUACAAUUAUAUAAACAAAUAAUUGAGAAGGGAUUAAAUCCCAGUACUGUCACUUUCAAUACUCUUAUCCAUGGUUUCUGCAAAAAUGGGAAACUAGUGGAGGCUCGAAGGAUGUUGGAUACCAUCGAGCUGCAUGGAUUGCUACCAAGUCCAGUUACUUACACUACUCUUAUGAAUGCUAACUGUGAACAGGGAAACAUCAAUGGCAUGCUUGAAUUGCUUCGAGAGAUGGAAGCGAAAGAUGUAGAACCAACUCAUGUAUCUUACACGGUAGUUAUUAAAGGACUUUGCAGACAGGGGAAGCGGUGGGAUGCUGUUCACUUAGUUGAGGAAAUGUAUGCCAAGGGCCUAAGCCCGGAUCAAAUCACAUAUAAUACAAUCAUCAAAUGUUUCUGCAAAGCUCAAGACUUCGAGAAAGCUUUUCAGUUACACAACGAGAUGUUAAUGCAUAAUCUUGCGCCUACUCCUGUUACGUAUAAUCUCCUCAUCAAUGGUCUUUGUGUAUAUGGUGACCUAGAGGAUGCUGACAGGCUGCUGGUUUCUCUCAAUGACAGCAAUAUCAAUUUGACAAAAGUUGCCUAUACCACGUUAAUAAAAGCACAUUGUGCAAAGGGUGAUGUAUAUAGGGCCGUGGCUCUCUUUCAUCAAAUGGUGGAGAAAGGAUUUGAAAUUUCCAUCAGAGAUUAUAGUGCUGUAAUUAAUAGAUUGUGCAAAAGGUGUUGGAUAACUGAAGCAAAAUACUUUUUCUGUAUGAUGUUAUCUGAUGGGAUUUCUCCUGAUCAAGAACUCUGUGAGGUGAUGCUUAAUGUUUUUUAUCAAGGUGGUGAUUUCGAUUCAGCAGCGGAACUCCUUGCUGAGAUGAUCAAAUUUGGCUUUCGUCCGGAUUAAUCCAUGGGAAAGUUAUAUUUUUUAAGAAUCAGAGUCUUAGGAGCAAGGAUGUUCUUGGUGAAGACCGUGUGGUGCUUUCCCAUAGAAGCAUUAAGCCUAAAGUUAAUUCUAGUCAGGAGAAGGCCUACAGAGCUGAAAGUUGAAACCAAGAGUUCUUAUACAAGAGUGCCGGCUGACCAGGAUUCUUCUGCGCAUGCAGUCCCGAAUGUCAGGUGCUAACUUAGAGUUACUUUAAGAUCCUUGUGGAGCCUUGGGAAAAUGCUGAGAAAAAAAUGAUCCCAUUGCUGAAACCAAGAGUUGUACACUAUCUACUGGAGGAUUUGUGUGACAAUCUUCUGGCUCGCCCCGGUGACAAUGAGGGCAGUCGCCUUUUUUUCAAUGUAAUCCAUACAAGAGUACAGGCUAACCGUGUUGCCCCAGUGUCUCAUGCCUCAUCAACAACCAGCAAGGGGAAAGCUAGUUCCUUCCUUGAGUUCAUAUGGAGGACAAUCGAAAUAGACGCAGCUAAGGUAAAUUUAUCAUCAUGCUCUCCUGCCUCAUAGGAAAGAACACCAUAUUACAUACGAUUCAAAUUCAUUCAAUGUGAUCUGAAUAAUAUUUAUUUUACAGAAAAGUUGAACA